AAUAGUAGACAUGAGUGUCACCCCUCAGUCCUCACUCCUGCUUGCCAAGCUACAGCAGCAGCAGCAGCCGCAGCAAGAUAGUGUAGCGUGGCAAGGGCAGUGAUAGUUAGCUAGCUGCUCGCUCGCCUGGGACGACGGCGACGACGAAGCGGCAACGCUAAUGGCGUCCUCCAACUCGAAGCAAGCGCUGCUCCUGGCCGCCGUCGCGUGCCUCGCGUCGCUGGCCUCCGCCACGCAGUGGACGGUCGGGGACGAAGGCGGCUGGAGGGCCAGGCUUAACGAGACCGCCUGGACCGACGGCAAGACGUUCACGGUUGGCGACACCCUGCUGUUCGUGUACCCCAAGGAGAAGCACACGGUGGUGAAGGUCGGCAAGAACGCCUUCGUGGCGUGCGACCUGAGCGCCAACCUGCAGCUGGGGAACUGGACCAGCGGCAGCGACGUCGUGACGCUGGACCAGCCGGGCAUGGCGUGGUUCAUCUGCAACAAGCCCACCCACUGCCUCAACGGCAUGAAGCUCGCCAUCGACGUGGUCGGCGGCACCUCAGGCCCAGCCCCGAUGCCGUUCCCGGGAGUCCCGGCCGUAGCCCCGUCUCCGCUGGUGCGGUUCCCGUUCUCGGACCUGGCGGGCCCGGUCCCCGACCUGGCGGCCCUGGCCCCAGCCCCGGCCCCAGCAGCAUCGUCGCCGCCGUCUGCAGCCGUGAGGUGCCCGGUCGGCGGCGCGGUGGCCGCCGCGGCAGCCGUCGUUGUCGCGGCCGCCCUCGCGCUCUAGCCCUCUUCUCCCCCCUUCCUGCAGAAUUGUUACUUGCCCUGGCAUGACUUCGUUUCCAGUGUGUGGUCUGUGGUGGGAGAGCAUUGCUGCUGUUCGUGCUUGGACCUUGGACUAGGUAGCAUUAGCAUGUGUUAUUUUUUUUUCUUCUUUCGAACAUGUGUGUGUCAGGCGAUCUGAGUUUGCCGUAUUGCUGGCCGGCAUUUAAUAAACUCAUUCUAAUAAAGUUUAACUCUUUAUA